AUGACAGCAAGUUUUUAUCUUUUUUUGUUUAAUUUCUUCUCUUUCUCUCACUCUCCUUUAUUCCUUAUUUUCCUUUACUUUUUCUUUCUCCAUUCUUUCUCUAAUCCCUUCCUCUUCCUUAAUUUAAUCCUGAUUUUUAUUCUACAUCCAUAUCUUUUUUCUUUCUUUCUUUCUUUCUUUCUUUCUUUCUUUCUUUCUUGCCACCAUUUCAUUCUUUCAUUUAUUUUUCCUUCUGCAUAUUUUUUUUAUUUGUUUUUGUUGACAUGUUUUUUCUCUUUCUCUUCGUCUCUAGGCUUCCUUCCUUUUUUUUUUGUUUCUGUAUUCUUUCACUUUUUUUCCUUCCAUUCUUUCCUUCCCUCUACAUUCAUUAGUUUGUCCUCUUUUUGCUUCAUUAUUCAUAUCUUUUUCCAUUUAUCUUUUUCAUUCGUUCUAAUUCUUUCUUUCUUAUCAUCGUGCUAUUCUUUGUUGCUUCUUUUUUUCCUUUCUUUAUUCUUUCGUUUUUUCUCAGUCUUUACUUUAUCUUGUUUUUUUCCCCUUUUUUUAUACAUCUUUUCAUCUCCUUCUCUCACUUUCUCAUUAUUAUCUUUUGUCAGAUAUUCUUUUGUGGUCUUUCUUUAUUUCCAGUUCUCUUUCUUUUUUUUUUUCCUUUUUUUAAUUCUUUGUUUCUUUUUUUCUUCUUUCACAAUCAUUUUAUCUCCAUUUUUUCUAUAUUUUUCGCUCCUCCCCUCUCUCUCUUUCUUUCUUUCUUUCUUUCUUUCUUUCUUUCUUUCUUUCUUUCUCCAUUUCAUUUUUUUCUUAUUUCUUUCUCCAUAUCAUUUUUUUUCUUAUUUCUUUUUUCUCCAUUUCAUUUUUUUUCUUUUUCCUUAUUUUUUCUCUCUCUAUCUAUUUCUUUCUUUGAGGCGUUUAUUUUCUUUCGUAUUUCGACACUUACCUUUCGUUUUUCUUUUCUUUCUUUACUUUAUUUAUUCAUCUCAUACUUCUUUCUUUUUUUCUUUGCAUUUUCAUUUUUCAUUUUUUUUUUUUUAA